CUUAUCAACGACCUAUAUUGGUGUACGGUUUUUGCAGAUACUGGUUCAUCAGCUCCAGCAGCCAUGGGAGGAGGAACGGGGAGGACACUCCUAAGCCUCUCAUUCUCCUCUAAUCUUCUUGUCCAUUCUCUCUUCAAUGGAGCAAGGUUCCCACUUGCUAGAAGAUCACCACCUAGGGUUUUUCUGGGGUUUAGGCCUCUUUGCUCCUCUACCGCCACUGCCACCGCCGCAACGAUAGAUGAACCAGACCAGGUGUUCCAACCCAUGAGACAUUCAAUCCUUCUCGAGAGACUGAGGAAUAGACACCUUAAAGAUUCUCCUAAGACCCAACAAAGCAGAGUAACUCCUGUUCAUUCUUUUGAGAAGGAUGACGAUAAGUCAUCGAAGAAGCGCCAGUUUACAAAGGUUGUUUCGUCUUUUCAUGAAUUGGGGUUGACUGAGGAGGUAAUGGGUGCUGUAAACGAGCUCGGUAUUUCUGUUCCCACUGAGAUUCAGGGUCUUGGAAUCCCUGCCGUGCUUGAGGGGAUGAGUGUGGUCUUGGGUUCUCACACUGGCUCAGGGAAGACUUUGGCUUACAUGUUGCCCUUGGUUCAGCUAUUGAGGCAGGAUGAAGCAUUAUCCGGUAUGCUUAUUAAACCCAGACGCCCUCGAGCUGUUGUGCUCUGCCCUACAAGGGAACUGUGUGAACAGGUGUUUCGUGUGGCUAAGUCUGUAAGUCAUCAUGCACGAUUCAGGUCUACCAUGGUGAGUGGUGGUGGUCGUUUAAGACCCCAAGAGGAGUCUCUGAACAUUCCGAUUGACAUGGUUGUCGGGACUCCUGGGAGAGUUCUUCAACAUAUUGAAGAAGGGAACAUAGUUUACGGUGAGAUCAAAUAUCUGGUGUUGGACGAGGCAGACACUAUGUUUGAUCAUGGUUUUGGUCCUGACAUUCGUAAAUUUCUUGGACCACUGAAAAAUCGUGCAUCAAAAUCUGAUGGCCAAGGAUUUCAAACUGUUUUGGUUACUGCAACAAUGUCAAAGGCAGUGCAAAAGUUGAUCGAUGAGGAAUUCGAAGGUAUAACUCAUUUACGCACUUCAACAUUGCACAAGAAGGUUGCAUCUGCUCGUCAUGAUUUCAUCAAACUUUCAGGUUCAGAAAACAAGCUGGAGGCAUUGCUACAGGUUCUUGAGCCAAGUUUGGCAAAAGGAAACCGUGUGAUGGUGUUUUGUAACACCUUGAAUUCUAGUCGUGCUGUGGAUCACUUUCUUGGUGAGAAUCAAAUUCUUACUGUUAACUACCAUGGGGAGGUGCCAGCAGAACAAAGGGUUGAAAACCUCAAAAAGUUCAAAAGUGAAGAUGGGGAUUGCCCAACACUGGUGUGCACCGAUUUAGCUGCUCGAGGACUGGACUUGGAUGUUGAUCAUGUCAUCAUGUUUGAUUUUCCUAUGAACUCUAUUGACUACCUCCAUCGCACUGGUAGAACUGCUCGUAUGGGUGCCAAAGGCAAAGUUACUAGUUUAGUUGCGAAGAAGGAUGUACCAUUAGCCACCCGCAUUGAGGAGGCCAUGAAGAAGAAUGAGAGUUUGGAAUCUCUAACUGCAGACAAUGUCAGAAGGGACGUUGCCAAGGAACGUAUUCAUGUGCAGCGGCAUAUGAUAAAAGCAUCAAAUCAGAAAAGUAAGAGUAGAACAGUCCCAAAAUCCUCAAAUCAGAAAAGCAAGAGUAGCACCACAACAAAAUCUUCUAGAACCUCUGGAAAGGUAGCACGCAUCCAAACUGCAGGACAAAAAACCAUCACAGCCAAAACUGGAAAAACAACUGUAGGUAUGCAAGUAAAAAAGGCAGUUCAGGUGCCUAAGAUGUCCAAGUCCUCUUCUCCAAGUGGCUUAAGAAAAGUAUCUUCAGGUGGGAAGAAACAAACGGAGAACAGAAAAUCUAGUUUCAAGUCUUCGAAGUCGAAGAUUAGUGUUGUUGGAUUCAGGGGACGGAGUUCUUCAUCCGCAAAGAAAGGAUCGUUGAGGAGUUGAUUUGGGUUUCAACAGCUUUAAUCUGUUGCCUUGUAAUUAUUGUGCAGUUUAAAUUUUUGUUGCGUUUUAAUUAUCAAUUUUGAACUUUGUUUUGAGUUA